AUGCAAUCUGAGGGCUCUGAGGUCCUGUGUUUCAUUCCCCACAAGUCUCCGUACCAAAGGUUAAGUCAGUGGAUGCUGGACAUUUCCGGGGACCGGGGCGUGCUGAAGGACGUUGUCCGAGAAGGCGCUGGCGAGCUGGUGACACCGGAUGCUUCGGUGCUAGUGAAAUAUUCUGGAUACCUGGAGCACAUGGACAAGCCUUUUGAUUCUAAUUGCUUUAGGAAAACUCCUCGGCUAAUGAAACUUGGAGAGGAUAUUACGCUUUGGGGCAUGGAGCUGGGCCUUCUGAGCAUGCGGAGGGGAGAGGUGGCCAGGUUUCUGUUCAAACCGACCUAUGCCUAUGGAAAACUGGGCUGUCCGCCCUUGAUUCCCCCAAACACCACUGUUCUGUUUGAGAUUGAGCUUCUUGACUUCCUGGAUUCUGCUGAGUCGGACAAGUUUUGUGCCCUCUCAGCUGUGCAACAAGAUCAGUUUCCACUUGAGAAGGUCCUAAAAGUGGCAGCUACUGAGCGGGAGUUUGGCAACUACCUCUUCCGCCAAAAUCGUUUCUAUGAUGCCAAAGUGAGAUAUAAACGGGCCUUGCUGCUUCUCCGCCGGCGAUCAGCACCUCCUGAAGAGCAGCACCUGGUGGAGGCCGCCAAGCUUCUUGUUCUCCUUAACCUGACCUUUGCGUACCUGAAGCUGGAGCGACCCAGCGCAGCCCUGCGCUAUGGAGAGCAGGCUCUGAUCAUUGACCCAAAGAAUGCCAAGGCCCUCUUCCGAUGUGGACAGGCCUGUCUCCUCAUGACUGAGUAUCAGAAGGCCCGGGAUUUUCUAGUCCAAGCCCAGAAGGAACAGCCCUUCAAUCAUGACAUCAAUAACGAGCUGAAGAAACUGGCCAGCUAUUACAAGGACUACAGGGAUAAAGAGAAAGAAAUGUGCCACCGAAUGUUCGCUCCUUGUGAUACUGGCUUUACAGUAGGAGAAAAUUAAAGAUACUUCACCUAACUACAAGCAAGAGAAGUAAAACUGCUUCAUUAGU